AUGGCUUUGUCAAAGCAUAUCAACCCCGACACACUCAUCAAAGAGUCUAAGGACAAGAAGAAUCAUCACCACCAACUUACCAAGUCUGAUCCUAACAAAAUCCACCAUCCUUACGGUGCUCGCUAUGGCACAGCCUCUAUUCCCAAAUACCACCUCCCUUCCACGGGCACCGACGCUGAGGACGCUUAUCAGCUCAUCCAUGAUGAGCUUUCCCUCGAUGGUAACCCCAGCUUAAACCUAGCUUCUUUUGUUCAUACUUGGAUGCCCGAGCCUGGUACAAAGCUCAUGGUGGAGAACAUGUCCAAGAACUUGAUCGAUCAGGAUGAGUAUCCAAUGACCCAAAUGAUUCACACUCGCUGCGUCUCCAUUCUGGCCGAUCUUUGGCACGCCCCAUCUACUCAGCAGGCUAUUGGGUCCGCCACGACUGGUUCCUCCGAAGCUAUCCAGCUCGGUGGUCUUGCGAUGAAACGUCGCUGGCAAGAACGUCGCAAGGCCGAGGGAAAAUCUAUCCACGAACCGGGCCCCAACAUCAUCAUGGGUGCCAAUGCUCAAGUUGCUCUCGAGAAGUUUGCCCGCUACUUUGAGGUUGAGUGUCGUUUGGUGCCCGUGAGCGAGGAAAGUAAAUACCGUCUGGAUACCAAAAAAGCUAUGGAGGUGGUUGACGAAAACACGAUCGGUGUCUUCGUUAUCCUCGGCAGUACUUACACCGGCCACUAUGAACCGGUCAAGGAAAUGUCCGACCUCCUCGACGAGUAUGAAGCCAAGACAGGGCUCAAUAUUCCCAUUCACGUGGAUGGUGCCUCGGGUGCUUUCAUUGCGCCGUUCGCGCAUCCCAAGUUAUUAUGGGACUUCAAGCUCCCGCGUGUUGUAUCUAUCAACGCUUCUGGCCACAAGUUUGGCCUUUCGUAUGUUGGCGUUGGCUGGGUCGUCUGGCGCUCUAAAGAUCACCUCCCGAAAGACCUCAUCUUUGAAUUGCACUACCUUGGCUCAGUCGAGUACUCGUUCUCACUCAACUUCUCCCGUCCGGCUGCACCUAUUAUCGCCCAGUAUUUCAAUUUCCUCCACCUCGGCUUUGAGGGUUACCGUGCUGUUGCCCUCGAUGAUCUGAGAAAUGCGCGAGUGCUCUCGCGCGCUUUGGAGCGGACGGGGUGGUAUCAAGUCCUAAGUGACAUUCACAGGCUCAAGAGUACGGCGCUUGUCCAAGGAACUCAAGUGACUUUGGGACUUGACGAGGAAAAUGUUGAGAAUUACACAGAGGGGUUGCCAGUUGUUUCCUUCCGCUUCAAAGACGAUUUCAAACAGCAAUACCCUGAGGUCCAGCAGAAAUGGGUCCAGACUUUGCUUCGCGUGAAGGGCUGGAUUGUGCCUAAUUACGAACUCGCCCCUGAUCUGGAACAUGUCGAGAUUUUGCGGGUGGUGGUUCGCGAGAAUAUGACCGAAGCUCUCAUUGACCAGCUUGUAUCCGACAUUGUGCAAAUCACUCAAGAUUUGGUGGACAAAUCUUCGUCGACUCAUGCACUCGAUAUGCUUGGGGCGCAGAAUCAUCAUCGCUCAUCCCAUCACACCUCUGGCAAGCUGGACGAAGGCUCUGGAUCCAAGUCGUCUGGCACAUACGCGAAGCAGUGCUAAGUGGAGCUAAAUGUAACAAAGUAAACCACAAGCGUUCGGCGGAGUUAGACAUAACGUCGAUGUAAUUGUAAAAUUGUACACGUUCGAAUAUUGUACUAUAUUCAGCCUGAUCGUAUAUGGUCUCCAAUUUACUCCGUAUCAAUUAUGG